AUUUUGGAAAAAGCUUUACGAGAUUUCUCAUUUUCGACGUCCGGUGGUAAGUGUAAAAAAGUGAUGAAUAUUAUUAAACGAUUGAAAUGAGAUACCUAUCGAUGUGGGAUAAUUGUUUUAUAGAAUCCUUUUUAUUUUGUUCACUUGACAGCGGCACAACACCACCACCACCGACGACACGAUAGGAUCACCGGAAUCCCGCCUACAACUUACUACUCUCUUUUAAGUCCACGUGUCAUCCAUUCACAAGACCUCUUUGAUCACCAACUCGUGACUCAAUCAUUUCCCGCCACCAAACCCUUCCUCGCUUCAGAAACCCUCGUUUCCUUUGCUUUAGUCUCUUCCGCUUUUACCAUGAGCUUCUCAUCUUUCGCUCUCGACCUCAGUCCGGUCGCCACCUCGAGAUGGGGCAGUCAGGGGCCCAAUCUCCACUUUCACCAGCAACAACAACACCACCGCCGUAGUUUCGUUUUCUGCUCCUUGAAGCCCGCAGCCCCCUCUUCUUUGAGCGUGGCUGAGUCAGCCGCCACUGAGUCGCUGAGUCGAAUCAGGUCGCUCAGUCAGGUAUCCGGCGUGUUGGGUUCUCAGUGGGGUGAUGAAGGCAAAGGCAAGCUUGUUGAUAUCUUGGCUGAGCACUUCGACAUCGUCGCUCGCUGCCAGGGUGGAGCUAAUGCUGGACAUACCAUCUAUAAUUCAGAGGGAAAGAAGUUUGCCCUUCACCUUGUUCCUUCUGGCAUCCUUAAUGAGGAGACUCUAUGUGUUAUUGGAAAUGGAGUAGUAGUACAUUUGCCAGGUCUAUUCAAAGAAAUUGAUGGGUUGGAAGCUAAUGGCGUCUCCUGCAAAGGAAGGAUAUUGGUAUCUGACCGUGCUCACUUGCUCUUCGAUUUUCAUCAAGUUGUUGAUGGACUUCGGGAAGCUGAGCUUUCUAAGUCAUUGAUUGGCACAACUAGAAGAGGAAUUGGACCUUGUUAUUCAAGCAAGUUGAUCAGGAAUGGCAUUAGAGUAAGUGACUUGAGGCACAUGGAUACUUUCCCUCAGAAGCUUGAUAGUUUAUUAUCAGAUGCAGCUUCAAGGUUCCCAGGUUUUAAUUAUACCCCAGAAAUGCUUAGGGACGAGGUUGAAAAUUACAAGAGAUAUGCUGAGAAGUUAGAGCCUUUCAUUGCUGAUACUGUGCAUGUGAUGUAUGAAUCAAUUGCACAGAAGAAGAGUAUAUUGGUGGAAGGUGGCCAGGCUACUAUGCUAGACAUUGAUUUCGGUACUUAUCCCUUUGUAACUUCCUCAAGCCCAUCGGCUGGUGGAAUCUGCACUGGGCUUGGUAUAGCUCCAAGAGCUGUGGGUGAUCUAAUUGGAGUUGUAAAAGCAUAUACCACAAGAGUUGGUUCUGGUCCUUUCCCGACAGAAAUCCUGGGUCAAGGAGGUGACCUCCUUAGGUUUGCUGGGCAGGAGUUUGGCACAACUACCGGCCGCCCUCGUCGCUGUGGUUGGCUCGAUAUGGUUGCUCUUAAGUUCUGCUGUCAUAUUAAUGGCUUUUCUUCACUAAAUCUCACCAAACUGGAUGUUUUGUCAGAUCUCUCUGAAAUUAGGUUGGGUGUUGCAUAUAAGCAUGCUGAUGGUACACCAGUGCAAUCUUUCCCUGCUGAUCUUCGUCUUCUUGAGCAGUUGAAGGUUGAAUAUGAAGUUUUGCCUGGAUGGAAGUCUGAUAUUUCUUCUAUCAGAAACUAUUCAGAUCUUCCAAAAGCUGCACGUCAAUAUGUUGAGAGGAUAGAGGAACUUGUUGGUGUGCCUGUCCAUUAUAUUGGUGUCGGACCUGGCCGUGACGCUCUCAUUUUCAAAUAAUUGACAAAUUUUCUUAUAUUAUUGCUAGUUGAUUUUCUUGCACUCAGGCAAAACAAUACCAAUAGUGCUGGGAAAAUUUUAAUCCCUUUAUAGUGGGGAAAUUUUUGAGACGAAAUUAAGGAAAUACAUAGAUUUGUUGUAAUAAAAUAACAAAUAUCUACAUAUAUAUGCAGGUUACUUGGAAUUGGGGGCUUGGUUUCUUUUUUUUAAAUUUUUUUGGGGAAUCAAAAUUUGACACAUGUUCAUUAUUUGUGCUAAAACCAGGUUAUUUACCAAAAAAAUUCAUGUGAUUUAGAACAAAAACAAAUAAUCUUUCCUUUCAAAACAAAUUAAUCAAGGACCUUCCCAACCAACUCCAUGAUAUGGGAGUGGACAGCCAAGCAAAAAUCGUUGGAAUUGUCUGGAAUGUUGUAUACAGCUGGUGAUAUAUGUAUUGGAAA